UUUUACAUUUUCGUGUUUCUUUUUUCUCUCUGGUCUUCCCUUUAGGUUACUCAUGUUUACCGCUCAAUGCACAAUAGCCUACAACUAUUAUAAGACACACUUUUCGUGGGAAAUAUUUCAACCCAAAGUAACAUUAAUUUCAAAUCAUUAUCCUUAAUGUUUAUUAGUUGAUAUGGUAAUUUUAUUGUUACCAUAAAUCUUUUCUGCUUUCAUUUCUGUUGGACUCUUUUCCCAUCUUAAACUUGAAUUUUAACAAUCAAUUGUCUACUUAAUGUAAAAGUCUAUGUGUUUAUGUAAACUAAUGUUUCGUUCUGGUCUAUCUUGUUUCCAUUAAUCAUUAAGGUUGGGCUAAAUUAGAUAACAAAUGGCACUUGAAUGGUUAACUUUUGACAACAAGUAAUCAACAAUUGAGGUAACUACAAGUCAAAAUUUUUCAUCCUUGUUUAUGGUUUUGAUGGCGAUUAAGGAGAUGAUGGAGAUGAUAAUGAUGAUUUGGGCCAUCAAAAGGAGAUAGGUGAUGUUAGGUGUAUCAUCAUAUUAAUAAAAAAGCUGAAAUUAGACUCUACAAAGGUUACUUUAAUGGCGCCCAAGGUGAACCAAACAGCCAUUCCAAUGGACCAUUGAAAAUCCUAAAAAUAUACAUGCCAAGAGAGAGGAACCUUACAAACCCAGUAAUCUUCUUUUUCUUCCUACAGUCAUCAUCAUCUUCAUCAUCUUCUUCUUCUUGUCUUUCUUUCUCCCUUAAAAUACACAAAGAUGUUGUAAAAAAGAAUGAGGAAGACAGAGAAGAAAGAAAUGUAUAGAAAAGGAUCCGAUGCACCUUAAAAAGAGAAAGAAAAUUAUCAAGAAGCGUUUCUUAGCCUAGCGCAAAUAUUCAUCAUCAUACUCUCAGUUUUGAACCAGUCAAAUCCAGGGCGAAAAGAAAGAGAAGAAAGUGAAAUAGCAAGUAAAGAAAGAGAGAAACGACCAGCUUUCUUUCUUGUUAUUAUUUCUAUACAGUCCCUUCAUUUAUCCUCAAGCUGUAACUUUACUUCUGUUUCAACUUCAACUACUUUUACUGACUUUAUUUUUUUGUCUUGUUUAUUGUAAUAAUCUUUACCUUUAAUCAUUUAAUUAUUGAAAAAUGAAUCACUUUACUUGAUUUAACAUGUUAUUAAAUUAAUCAUCUUCUAUUCUUUACAAAUCUUAACUUUUCUACAUAAAAUGUCAAUGGCUGCCGUUGGUUCACUUUUUGGUUAUUUUAACAUCAUCAUCUUCUUACCCAACAAACUUGUUGAACAAAGUGACUUCAGUUCGCCUUUCUUUUUCUAAGUUACCCUGUUUUUAGUUACAUAUUUUUCUUUUCUCACCAAUUUUUUAACUAUCAUCACUACUUUUUUAAUACCUAGUGCUUUUAUUUGAGUGUUUUUAUCAUGAAAUGGAUCUCCGAUUGUGGCUAUGGAUGAUUGUAUCUUUUAUUUUGUUACCUUUGACUGUUACCCGUCGUCCAAAAAACCAUAACUCUCGGCGGGGUCUCUUGGCUGAAGUACAGUCUGAGAUGGUUCCUUAUACCGAUAAUAGAGCUAUUCUUAAAUGUAUUACUUCACCAAUGGCCUCCAUUGAAUGGCUUUUUGACGGAGAUUUAAUCGAUGAUACAGAUCAACGUUUCACUCGAGAAAAGGAUAAACUUUUCGUUCACUUCAACAGGAUUGCCACAACAAAAUGGUCAGAAAAUCCAUUCAAAUCGCGAAUGUUUCAAUGUAAAGCUACUCUUAAUACGGAAACUGUUAUAAGUGAACCUGCUAAAUUAAUUAUUACAUUUUUAGAUGAUUUUGCAUCUCAAAAUGAUUCAAUAAUUAAUACAAUCCAAGGAAAUACGGCUGUGAUAUCAUGUAAACCUCCGAAUAGUAUGCCCAUUGCCAUCAUUGAAUAUUACUUUAAUCAAACUCUAAUCAGCAAAUCAAACGAUCAUUACUUGUUAAGCAAUUCUGGGAAUUUGCAAAUUUUAAACCCUUCAGUUUCUGAUUCUGGAAUUUACAGAUGUGUUGCAUUCAAUGCCUUUCUCCGAGAAAGAAAAAAUGCUUCGUGGACAAUCGAACUUAACGUGAAACCCUCUCAUCGUUCCAAAGUCGAUGCUCAUCAAAUCUAUUCGUCCAUAAAUGAUAAUAGUGCCAAAAAUUUUGUUUAUUUUGUGAUUAAGCCAUCAAUCGAAACUAAAGCUGUGAUGGGAAGUAAUAUAACUUUAGAGUGUGUUGCUGGUGGUAUUAAGCCACCUAAGAUAACAUGGUUCAAGAAAAGAAACAACGAAUUAGAAUCUCUGAAUAUGAAAAACUCACGCCAAGUUGCCGGUAAUUUAAUUUUGAUGACUGUAGAUGAAAAAGACUCUGGUACUUAUGUUUGCCGAGCAACAGUUGAUGAUUCCACAAUUGAAGCAAGCACUUUCGUCGAUGUACAAAUGACACCUCGUUUUGUUAAAAGCUUGAAAGAUCUUUCAGUCGUUGAAGGAAAUGAUUUUACAUUGGAAUGUCAAGCCAAAGGUAACCCAAAACCUAGGAUAAAUUGGUUUUUCAAUGGUAAAAGCUUGAACUCCUUCAAAGAUAAACCACCUAGUUUUAACUUUGAUUCAAUCGCUGUUGAGCAAAACACUGUUUCAUUUUCUGAAGACUUUUCUAAAUUGAAUAUAAAGGCUGCUCAAUCAUCCAUUCAUGCUGGAAUUUAUCAAUGUUUUGUUUCAAAUGAAUUACUUAAUAGUGAUUUUAAAUCAACUUAUUCUCUUGCUCGUGUUGUAAUCCUACGUCCAGGAGAAAUCGGUCCAUCAAAACCCUCUCAUCAUGGUAAUUCAGGUAAAUCAACUGAUCUAUCCAAUUUGAAUACCAACAAUGAAGAUAACUUUCAAGGAAUUACUGUAAGACCUUACGAGUCAAGUAGGAAACGUCCAAGUGAAAUCAUGAUACCUCCUUCCAAACCCAAGAUAGUUCGACUGUCUGACGAUUCAGUAAUGGUUCAUUGGGAAAUAUCUAACAAACCUAGUUUAGAGAUAAGCUUUUUCAAAGUUCAAUACAAGGAAAUGGCCAAGAAAAGUCGCUGGAAUACUUGGGCUGAGGAUACGCCUCCAUUCAUAACAUCUCAAAAAAUUACUGGACUUGUACCGGACGCUAAAUAUCGAUUCCGAGUAACUGCUGUUUAUGUCAACGACGAUAACAGGGAAAGUCCAGCUUCUGAUAAAUUUCAUCUUAUUCGCACUAGUAUGCUCAAGAAACCUAACGAACCACCAACAAUCAAAGCUGUCACUCCACGAAGUCCAACUUCAAUUGAGAUAUUUUGGGAAAAUCAUAGAGAAAUUGCAACCUCUAUUGAAGGAUUCUUUAUCCAUUAUCGAGCUACCUCAUCUGCAGGAGAAUAUUUUCAAAUUACUGUUCUCGGGUCAAAUAAGCUCAGUCAUGUUAUUCAUAAUCUUUCUCCAGCAACCUCUUAUGAAUUUAAGAUUCAAUGUUUCAACUCUGCCGGUGUUUCAGAUUUCUCACAGAUUUUGACCGCUGCAACACUUGAGGAUCCAAUAUCAACAACAACUGAAAUGACAAAUGUUAUCAAGGGUCUUGAUAAAGUUCUUGAUUCCCGAAUUGACAAUAACACUGAUAUUUUCUUUAUAAUUGUUGGCAGUGUUGGAGGAUUCGCUUUGAUUGUAUUUAUUGUAUGUUGUAUUAUUCAAUGUAGUAAUCGAUUUAAACAAACACCUCAGCGCAAAAAAGAUGGCCAAAUAAUUCAACGAGUUAAUGGUGAGAUCAAUAAUGGAUCUCUUUUGCAUCGCACAAUUCCAUCAUUGGAUGAUUACAAGAAUGAAAGUGAUACUCUCUCAUCUCAUCCAGACAAAUCAAGCAUCAACAAUGUAACAGCAUCCAUCAGCAAUGACCACUUUCCAAUUUACCAUGAAGAAGUUAAAGAAAAGAAAAAUUAUCAAACCAAGACAUAUAUGAUAGAUACAUAUUGUGAAGACUCUUAUGGCUCUCGAACGGGAAGCUGGAGUCGAAAGAGUCGGAAAAAAUGUUAUGAAGCUGAAGCAGGAUUGAAAUUAAUUACCUCUGCUUCUUCGCACAAUAGUUUACCACGAAAAUAUUUGUAUGAAAAUGAUAAUAUUCCAAGUACACUGGAACGAAGACGUCAAGCCUUUAAAAGUGAGGAACAUCUUAAAUGCUCUUUGAAUGCUCGCAUCCAUUCAAAAAGCAGUAGCUUCACCAGACUUGAUGGAACAUUAGAACGUAAAAAGAGACGGACCGCUACUCCAGUCGCUUCACCCCAGCCUCCACCGAUUCCUGAGAGACAAAUAAAUAUCACAGGUCAUCGUUCAUUGAGCUCUUCUCGUUUAAAUGGAUCUUUAGAAAAGAGGAAAAAAUCUCGACCCGACUAUGGUAACACCAAUACCAAUAAAAAUGGUACCAAAUCAACUGAAAGUAAAAUGAAUUCUUACAAUGGAGCAAUCUCUCAUUUAAAUACUAAACCUCCUUUGCUAAUUAUGCAAAGCACUUGUUAAUUUUAACCCUUCAUCACCUCUUUUUGUACUUACUUAAACAAAACGACAUUUUGUCAAAUCUUUUUUUAUCCUUUUGUAUAUUUGUCAUAUGUAACUUUUUUUCUGUGAAUAAACUUUUUUAGUAUCUAGACAAUCAACU